AUGGAGGAUGCAGGCGCUUGGCACGGAGGCCGCUCCCUGGAACAGAUGGGGGUGGCACCGCAAGCUGGUGCGGACAGAGCCCGGAGCGGGGAGCAAACGUUCCGAGCCCCGCAAACGCUCUGCUGGGGCGUUUGGCGGAACCUGCUCGAGCGCUCUGUGCCUAGAGAAGUACAGAAGUUGAAUCAGCAACUAGAGGAGAAAAACAGAGAGAUACAGCAGAUGAUAAAUCAGCCUCCACAUGAAAAGGAGAGGGAAAUCUUACGACUUCAGAAGAGCUUGGCAGAGAGAGAGAAGGCUCAGGCCACCAGCGAUGUUUUGUGCCGCUCACUCACUGAUGAAACUCACCAGCUUCAACGCAAAUUAGCAUCCACAGCAGAAAUGUGUCAACAUCUGGCAAAAUGUCUAGAAGAGAAGCAAAAGAAGGAGAAGGGGAAUUCAGAUGACCAGAUACCUACUGAAAGAUCUAAUCAGCUUUUAGACAAUGAAACUUCACUUCAAGCUCUGAUCGGCAACCUACAAGAUGAAAACAGGAUGUUAAAACAAAAAGUAGCUCAUGUGGAAGACUUAAAUGCAAAAUGGCAGAAGUACGACGCAAGUAGGGAUGAGUACGUGAAGCGACUCCACUUGCAGCUGAAGGAGAUGAAGACACAGCUGGAGCAGCAGCAUGGUGUAACUUCAGCACAAACCACUUCUGACCUGAUGCACAAGGAGAUAUUCCGGUUAAACAAGCUACUGGAAGAAAAAAUGAAUGAAUGUGUAAAAGCAAAGAGAGAAUUAGAAGACGUGAAGAAGACGAGUGAAGCAGAUAAUGAGCGCAUACAAAUGCUGGAGCAACAGGUCCUAGUUUAUAAAGAUGAUUUCACAUCAGAGAGAUCGGACAGAGAACGAGCACAGAGUAAAAUUCAAGAGCUUCAGGCAGAAGUUGCAUGUCUGCAACACCAGCUAGCAAGAAGACAGGACUCAAGAAACCCAACUAGUCACUUCAGAGUUCACGUUGGUAACCAAAGCCACAUGUAUGUACAGACGAACGUUGAACACGUACGAGGCAACAGCCCAGGCCAAACAGGCACAAGAAGAACAUCUUCAGAGUCUGAACAAGCUUCUCCUCCUGCAGACAGUGGAAAUUCAGGAUCUGAGGGCAGGGCACAGGGUGAACUUAGAUGUCCUCACUGUAUGAGGUUUUUCAGUGAUGAACUCAGUGAUGAAUUCCUCAAGCAUGUUGAUGAAUGUUGUCAGUGA